AUGCCAGAUGAGUACAAUGAUGUGAAGAGAGACCCAGUUUUUGCUUCUAUUCUUGCCAUCCAUGAAAACCAUCUAGGAUUCUCGGCGACUCUGGUACAUAGUAUGAUGUGCAGGCAGCUUCUCACUGCAAAAAAACAUGAAUUGUGGUUUGUGUUUGCGAGGAGACCACUGCGAUUUUCAAUGCAAGAGUACCAUGCGGUUACCGGGUUGAAGUGUGAAGACGAUGGCAACAAUGACCUUCAGAAUUUUGUUGAUGAUGACGGUUUCUGGAGUAGGUUGCUGAAGAGAGGGAAUACGAUUGACAUCCUGUCGAUUAGGAACACGCACUUGAAGAAUGUGAACAAGUGGACCCGUAUAGACAGGUUAAGAUUGGUGUAUUUGUGUGUUAUUGCUUCUGUGCUAAUGGCAAAGAAUGAAAAGGUUGCCAUCUCAGAGGACUACAUCAAGCUGGUUCUGGAUUUUAAUAAGCUGCGGGCUUAUCCAUGGGGUUGUCACAGCUUUGAUCAUCUAGUGCAGUCGAUCAUCGACACAAGAGUGAAUUUAAGCCGUCCGAGAAGCUAUGUUUUGGGAGGAUUCUCAUUUGCUUUCCAGGUUUGGAUUAUGGAAGCUAUACCUGAUAUUGGUACUAUGCUGGGAAGGAAGUUGAAUGAGGUUGCGGAAGUUCUAUAUCCAUAUAUCUCUUCAACCGGGAACAUGGAUGUGCUCGUCUCUGGAAACUACCUGAGGGACGACGAAAUGAGAGAUGAAAGGGUUGAUCACCUAAACAAACUCAUAGUGGCUGAUACAGAUUGGAGUACUCUCAUAUGGGAAUUCGACGACCAGGUUAGACGAGAACCUCCUAGUCCUGAGCAACAAGAACAAGAUGCAGAGAGUGAAACUAUGGAUGACGUCGACGACUUCAGAACGCCAUGCGCAUAA